UCAUCAGCACGCGCCUUCCCUCUGACAGCAGCAGCAGGCGCAGUAAGCUGACCUUCUCUGCGGCCUCGUAGCUCAUCCUGGAGCUAGACGAGGACCUUGAAUGUUUUUCAGCAGCGGUACAUAACUUUUGCCGUUUGUAUUAUUUUACACACGCACAGCCAUGCCUACAACGCUUGAAGUCCCUACACUACAGGAGCUAAAUGUGGACGAGAUCAAUGUGUCAUCUGCAGUGCUGAAGGCUGCUGCCCACCAUUAUGGUUCCCAGUGUGACAAACCCAACAAGGAGUUCAUGCUCUGCCGCUGGGAGGAAAAGGACCCCAGAAAAUGUCUAGAAGAGGGAAGGAAAGUUAACGAGUGUGCACUUAACUUCUUCAGGCAAAUCAAGGGAAACUGUGCCGAGUCCUUCACCGAGUACUGGACCUGUCUGGAUUAUUCCAACUUGGCCGAGCUGCGUCGCUGCCGUAAGCAGCAGCAAGCCUUCGACAGCUGCGUUCUCGACAAGCUCGGCUGGGAGAGACCUGACCUGGGAGACCUGUCGAAGGUGACCAAAGUGGCGACCGAGCGGCCCCUCCCUGAAAACCCUUACCACUCUAGACCUCGUCCUGAGCCGAACGCAGUUAUUGAGGGUAAACUGGAGCCUGCCAAGCAUGGCAGCAAGUUUUUCUUCUGGACCUGGUGAUUCAGCUCUAGAGUUUCAGAUACCUUCCAAAAGCAUGAGCCCUGCCCAAAGACCUUCAACCACUGCCGCCUUUGUGAUUCUUCAUUGGCUUCGAAUCUUUAAAUGUCAACACAAGCAGGCUGUUCUUGUCACCUUAUUGUAAUCUCUGAGGGUUCUUCUUUUUUUUGGGCAGGGCUUAUGCAGCAGGAGUACGUCCAGCAUCAUCAAACAGUUAGUUAAUGAAAGAGGGAUGGAUGAUUGUGUGAUCAAAGUCUGUGUUAUCCAUACAGCUUUCCUCAACACUUCUGUAAAUGUAACGAGUGAACAAAUGCAACAUGCUGUUAUUAUAUUUGUCAAAUAAUAAAGAGGUAAAUUAUCA